AUGCUGAAAAAGAAGGUUAAUUUUAUAUCUUGCAAUGAUGAAGGCGAGACAAUCGAACCUAUCAUUUUCCACGUUCCAGCGAUGUACAGCGAUAAAGUCAAGAUUCAUGAUUGGCAGGUAAAGAUGUUGUCUGAGCCUAGAGACAAUGCUGUUAUAUUUCCACCAAAGGGAAAUCUUCACAAAUCUUCGUAUCGAAGACUUGGUCCGGAAGAUGAAGGCACUGGGAUUUCGGAGACACACGCCAUGUUGUCGCAAAUCGAGAUGAGAGAUGAUUACAAGCCGAUUACUUAUCCGCGACGCAGUUUACUCACGAUGCAAUCGCUGGUUUCGGCAGAAAAGGAUUACGAGGAAAAGGAAUUAAAAUUAGUCGACAUUUUGCUGGAUCCCAUAACAAUUUGUCAGAUGGAUUAUCGCACCAGUAUGAGCAGAGAUUAUCGUUCGCCUUAUCCUCCGAAAGCGAAGCCACCAUCACUGCCACCGCCACCAGAGCCGUGGCUGUUAAAUCGACGUACCAUCGGUUAUAGUCUUGAAGAUUUGGAGAAUCGUUGUGGAUAUCAUACAUUUUUAGAUGAUAACAUGGAUCUUCAUCAGAGAAUAGCAGAGUUAAAAAGAAGUAAAGACCUUCCACGGCUUCUCGUCUUUGUUUGCGACAUCAAUAUGACGGAAGGCAAAGAGAGGAUGGUUCAGAAAGGCCUAUCAGAAUGGUGGAGCGAGGAGACGGAAUAUGUAUUUCAAAGGAUCGAGAGAUGGGCAACCUUUGUGCGUGGUUACAAUCGUCUUCGAUCGCAGAGGUGGUCCAAGGAAACGCCGCAAAUCACCUCGAACGCUACUUUUAAUGAAGGCACGCCGCAAUUUUACAGUCUUAAACGGUCCAGAUGGAGAUCACGCCCGGAAGAAAUUAAGAUUAAUUGCUGCGGAACGUUUAAUUAUCAAUCGAACAACGAAUUAGAGAGCAAUUGUCUAGAAACUUAUCGAUACGAUCACAGUAUCUAUUUCAAAACCAUCGGUGACAUUAGGAGCGAUAAGAGAGGCGUCAUCAGGGAUCUAGAUCAGGAUAGAGUAUCUAUUAACAGCGAGGAGUUGGUAGAGUGGGACGCCAAUUCUCUGAUUGCUAACAAAUCGAUCUCUAAAGAAACUUGUAACAAUAAUCAUCCGGAUGAACUGAGUAUUUUAGACACCGUUGAUGAACAGGAAAAGAAUGGAGCAAUGCAAAACGCCUGGCCGAUCAUAGAUCUGUCGCAACUCGAUCUAAAUUUGAUGGACAAUCGAAAAAGAGAUGAACAGCUUUCUUAUUUGGUUGAUCGACAUAAUAAUCAUGAAAGAGAUGAGAAACAGUGUGAGAAUAACAAUAUGAACAGUCCAGAUAAAGCGGAUGAGGAGGAUUGGGAGAAUGAAUCGAGAAAUUACGAGAGGAUGAAAAAAUUUCCGUCAUUUCGGAAAACUAGGCAAUCAACCGCGCAAAAAUCACCAAUCAUUGAUGAAAACAAUGUUGUGUGGCCAGGAAUUCUUUAGAAUUACAAUAAUAACUUUGACGUUACCGGAAUAUUUUUACAAGAUUAAAGUAAAAAUUUAAAGUAAAAUACAUCGAGCUUAUACGUAAGUAUAAGUGUUUAUGCAUAAGUGUUUUAAUCGAUGAAUCAUCGAAUUGUACGAAAUAAUAUGGCGAUCUAAUUGUUCUGUGUAUUUUAUUAAUAGAAAUGAUUAUGUGCUUUCUUUCUGCAUCAAUUUGCAUGUGAUUUGUAUGUGCAAAACUCUGUGUCAAAUAAUAUCC